AUGAAGAACCCACAGGAGAGCGCUCUUCACGUGGCCACCCCAUUGAGGGAGAGCCUUGCCCUAACCAAAGUGGCAGGCACCUCUGUCUAUCUGAAGCUUGACUCAUCCCAGCCCACAGGAUCCUUCAAAAUCAGGGGCAUUGGACACCUUUGCAAGACAUGGGCCAAGCGAGGCUGCGAGAGAUUCGUCUGCUGUUCAGGAGGAAAUGCUGGUAUGGCGGCUGCCUACUCUGCCCGUAAGCUUGGUGUACCUGCCACCAUCGUCGUGCCCAGUGUCACCCCCAAACCAACAGUGGAGAGGCUGAGGGACGAGGGCGCCAAUGUGGUGAUUCAUGGCAAGGCGCUGAAUGAGAGCAUUGAAUAUGGACAACAGCUUGUGGCCAACAACCCUGGAUGGAUCUUCAUCUCUCCCUUUGAUGACCCUCUCAUCUGGGAGGGCCAUAUGUCUCUGGUGAAGGAGCUGGAGUCCGAGCUGCAGGAGAAGCCUGGUGCGAUGGUGUUGUCUGUUGGCGGUGGAGGCCUCAUGAACGGGGUUGUUGAAGGACUGCGCCGUGCCGGCUGGAACGAUGUUCCAGUCAUAGCUAUGGAAACUGUGGGGGCACACAGUCUCAAUGCUGCUAUGAAGGCUGGGAAGUUGAUUACUCUGCCUGAGAUCACAAGCAUUGCCACCACGUUGGGCCUGACAAGAGUAUCUGCACAGACCCUGAAACUUGCUGGUGAACACACAGUUUACUCCGAGCUGGUCACAGACCAGGAGGCUGUCAAAGCUGUCGAGCGCUUUGUUGAUGACGAGAAGGUCCUGGUGGAGCCUGCGUGUGGUGCUGCCCUGGCAGCUGUGUACUGUGACAUCAUCCCCAGACUGCAGAAGGAGGGCAAGCUGGCGCGGGACCUGGGACCUGUGGUGAUCGUGGUGUGUGGAGGCAACAACAUCAGCAUGAAACAGCUCCAGAAACUGAAGAAGCAGCUGGGCAUGUCAUCUAGCUAGACAGACAGACAUGUUUGUGUCCUGCUUAUCCUUUCUCCAUCACUCCAUUCCUCUAUUAACCCGAUCCUUCCAGUUGCAGCUCCCCUACUCCAUUGGGUACUACCAAUAAGGGCAUUCGAACAGGUUCAUGAACUCCAUGGGGCCAAAUCAUUCCAGACAGUGUGCAGUAUAGGCCUACUCUUGAACUCCUGAAAGGGGCUGACUGACUGAAGGAUUAACUGACUAUGGAUUCAUCAAUAGCCUAAUGCUAAGGUAGAUACGUAUUGAUAGGCAUACAGAUAAUCUACUACUCUGGCAGUAGUAGUCUUUGAAUUGAAUAACCUAGAUCCACAGGCAGCUGGUGGCACCUUAACUGGGGAGGACGGUUUCAUAGUAAUGGCUGGAACGGAAUCAAUGGAAUGGUAUCGAACACAAAACACAUGGUUUCUAUGUGCUUGAUAACAUUCCAUUGACUCCAUUCCAGCCAUUAUUAUGAACCGUCCACCCCUCAGCAUCCUCCUGUGCCUAGAUCCCUCCAACUCAAAUCUGAACCUCGAAGCCAGUUCCACUGCUUUUUAAAAAUUAUUAUUCCCCUCUAAUCAGGGAUUGAUUUAGACCUGGGACACCAGGUGGGUGCAAUGAAUUAUCCGGUAUAACUGAAAGCCAGCAGUAGUCCAGACCUCGUAGGUUAAGAGUUGAAUACCCCUGACCUAGAUGAUUAACUUCUUGGGUUAAAGAUAACCAAGUAGAGUUGUAUUGUUCUUUGUAUUUAGCAUGUUUUAUGUUCAUGCAAAAUAUACCUUUGGAUGUAUUUUCUUCUCCC